AUGGCCACGGCAAAGAACGGAACCCCUCAGGGUAGAGGAAUUGACUUGUCAGACGACAACAUCACCCAGGCGGUGAUCAGCAUCAAUGCAGGCAACCCUGAUCCCAGAUUCAAGUUUGUCAUGGAGCGGCUGGUGACGCACCUGCACGAGUUCACCCGUGAAACACGCCUGAGCACCAAAGAAUGGAUGGCAGCCAUUCAGUUCCUGACGGCCACGGGGCAGACAUGCACCAACUUGAGGCAGGAAUUUGUGUUACUGUCUGAUGUGCUGGGUCUCAGCCUACUCGUAGACAGUAUGGACCAUCCGAAGCCUCCCGAGAGCACCGUCGGCACACUUCUGGGGCCGUUCCAUACGGACGAUGCGAACCCUGUCGCCCACGGCACUCAAAUCAGCAACGACGCUGAUGGCGAGCAGCUGCUCGUCCUCUGCACCGUUAAGGACACACAGGGGAAGCCUAUCCAGGGAGUAGUCAUCGACGUCUGGGAGACGGAUUCGACAGGACAAUACGACACUCAGUACAACGACCGGACCGGCCCCGACGGCCGCGCUCUACUGAAAACAGAUGCUGAGGGUAUCUUCUGGUUCAACGGCAUCGUGCCUGUGCCCUACCCGAUCCCUGGAGAUGGACCCGUCGGGAAGCUCCUCAAGCGUUUAAAUCGACACAACAUGCGGCCAGGCCACAUGCACUUCAAGUUUGACAAGGAUGGCUAUGAUCCGUUGAUAACCGCUCUCUACCUUCGAGGCGACCCAUACGAAAAUUCCGACGCCGUCUUCGGCGUCAAGACACCGUUGGUCGUUGAUAUCCACCAAGUGAACGAAGCAAUAGCGGCAAAGCACAACGUUCCCGAGGGAACGAAGCUCUUGACGUAUGAUUUCGUCCUCGUAACAGAGGAAGAGACGAAUGUGCUGCGCUCGGAGAGGAGCAAGGAGGCCUUGAAAAAGUUGGGACGGCCCAUCCAGAUUGUCCAAGGACUUCCUAUUGGGCUUGCGGAAGAGUAA